UUUACAGGCCACAUUUUCAUGUACAGCAAAAUAUGUGCAAUAAACUCAUCAAAACUGUAUUCCAAACAAAUUCCAAGUUGAAUAGAUUUUUUUAAUAUUCUGGUCGAUUUGACAUUGAACUUUUGAACUUGACAAGUUUUACAACUUGAUUUACAAGUUUUAUAACUGGAUAAGUUUUAAAGUCACAAAUAUCAAGUUGUUUAUAAAAAUAUAAACCAGAGCUCUGAUUAUUUAUCUAUAUUACAAAGUAAUGCAAACCAAUAUUUCCUGUCUAUCCUAAAGGUAAGUAUGAUAAAAGGUUGAAAAAGUACUGUAAGUUUUGAAUACUUAGAGGCUGAUGUUUUAGCAGUUUUGCUGCUGUAGUUUGCUGUAUAUUGUUUCUAUCAAAUUUUUCAAUAUAAAACACAAAGUUGACACAAAUAAAUUAAUAUUUUCAUACCAAUCUUUCAUAACAUAUCAUAUACACCAAGUUUUAUAUGUGCUGGGUUUACAUCAUGUACAGUAAUAAGUUUAGAAAAGGCAAAUAAAAGUUGGGCAAAAUCAACCACUAUUUUUGGCUGAGCAAAAUAUGCUGAAUAAGACAUGUUAAAAUCUGUACUAAAUUCAUACCAAAAUAUAGCCUACAUUAAUUUUGUAAUAAUUACUUUCACCAGUAUGUCAUGACAUAUUUUCUUUAUCAGCUAACAUGUAUAAAAAGCUUGAGAAUGCUCACACAUGUCAAACUUGUAACAUUCUCACUCAAAACAAUGGCUUAUAACUGUAGAAUUAAAACAUUGCUGUUUUUCCUUUUAUUCAUUAUUCAAGUUUGCGCUAAUGCUGGAGAGAAAGAAAGCAAACGUUACAUAGAAGAUGAGCAACCAGGAAACCUAUAUGAGCAGAAUGGUCAUCCAACAACAAAUGAAGAGACACUGCUAGACAAAAUAAUUACAACAAUUAUGAAGGAACGGGCAAUGGAAAAACUGAAAGAGACAAUAAUGCAAGAAAUAAACCAAGAGAUAACAAAGUUGAAAGUAACCAUUGAAAAUCAAAACAUUGUAAUUGAUCAGCUUGCUCAAAAGAUGACAGAAAAAGACAAGAUAAUUGACAAGUUGGACAGCAGAUUAAGACUUCAUGAAGAAUCACAUGAAAGAAUGACUCAAGGAAUUUACAGCAUACCUCCAAACCCGAUGCCUCAAGAAAGUCCUCAAGAAUCAAAUCAAAGGAUGUUUCAAGAAAUUCAGAAAAAUUCAAAUGAAAAGAUGCCACUACAAAUUUAUAAACACAGCCAAAACGACCAGCCAAAUACCAAUAGAAAUAAUGAUCUUGAAGAUCAGAUUGCCACUACAGCCAAUACAUCAAAUGGAAUGGUACAAGAAACAAAUUCUUUUAAUGGAAUUCACAGAAGUAUCAGUGAAAGGACAAUAAGAUCACAAUCUCCUGGUUCACUGACAAGAGUUGCUUUUUCUGUGUAUUUAAGCGAACAUGUGGUAAAGGAAACUGACCUUGAUAAUUUCAUUAUAAAGUUUGAUGGUAUUACAUUAAAUGAAGGCAGCAUGUAUAACAAGUACACAGGUGUAUUCACAACUCCUGUUAGUGGAGUCUAUCAUUUCAAUUUUCAUAUUUCAGCUGCCUGGGAUGGUCUUAUAUAUCCAACUUUGAUGAAAAAUGGACAAAAAGUGGUCUCCAGCUAUCUUAAUCCACAGGGAUUUACUUUGAAUGGCAGCAACUCUGUACUUGUGUAUUUAAAUACAGGGGAUUCUCUGUGGGUACAGAUUUUUGCUGAUCCACCUACAGGUGUAGAGCUUAAAAGUGAACCUGACAUUCGAGCUACAACUUUUUCUGGUUUCUUGCUACAUCAAUAACAAGCUUAAAGAUAUACUAUGGUUAAAUUUGAUAUUAGAAAAUAUUGAUAAUUGCUACACAGUCUCUGUAAAUAUAAAAUAAACAUGUUUUGACUUCACACAAAGUAAAUAUGUUUAAAAUUCUACACUCUUUAGAUGAUCACAUAUGAAUAUAAAUUGCCUUUAAAAAAGAGACAGUUUUGUUGUUUUUGUUUUUUUUAAAGAAAAUACAUGUACCAAUUUUACUUGACC